AUGGCCGAGGUUUUUUUUUUCCUAGACAUAAAUGAGUUCGCAAUUAUAUUUUUUCACGCAUGCUUCUCUUCUUCUUCUUCGUAUUUUUGCUUGUUAUUUCUCUCCCUCGUUUUCUCCUUUUCUUGUCCAUUCAUUUUUCCCUUACGCCUUUUCUUAUUUCUCUUCUCUAUUUCUUAUUUCUCUCGUUUUCUUGUUGUUUCUAUCGUUCUUCCUUUCUUUUUUCUUGUUAUUUUGCCGUCCCUUUCUCUCUUUUCCUUGUCAAUUUCCACCUCUUUCUCUCUUUUACUACUUUCUCUCUUUUUCUACUUUCUAGCCUCUUUCUCUCUUUUCCUUGUCAAUUUCCACCUCUUUCUCUCUUUUUCUUGCUAUUUUCCUGCAUCUUUCUCUCCUUUUCUUUUUAUUUUCCCGCCUGUUUUUAAAAAAAUUAUUUCUAUUUUCCCCCAUCUUUCUUUUUUCUUGUUAUUUCCCUGUCCUUUCUCUCUUUUUCUUGUUAUUGUUCCUCCUCUUUCUUUCUUUUUCUUCCUAUUUUCCUGCCUCUUUUUCUCUUUUACUUUUAUUUUCUCGCUCCUUUCCCUCUUUUUCUUGUUAUUUUCCAUCUCUUUCUCUUUUUUCUUCCUAUUUCCCCUUCUUUCUCUCUUUUUAUUUUCCCGCGCCUUUCUCCAUUUUUCUUAUUUCCUCACAUCUUUCUCUCUUUUUCUCUUUAUUUUCCCGCCUCUUUCUCUCGUUAUUUUUCUGCCUCUUUCUCUCUUUUUCUUAUUAUUUCCCUGUAUAAUUCCCCCUAUCUAUUUAUCACUCAAUAGCUUAUUUGUCUCAGUUUGUUCAUUAUCUAUCUAUCUAUCUAUCUAUCUAUCUAUCUAUCUAUCUAUCUAUCUAUUUCAGUCUCUACAUUAUCUAUCUAUCUAUCUAUCUAUCUAUCUAUCUAUCUAUCUAUCUAUCUAUCUAUCUAUUCCAGUCUCUACAUUAUCUAUCUAUCUAUCUAUCUAUCUAUCUAUCUAUCUAUCUAUUUCUAUCUAUCUAUCUAUCUAUCUAUCUAUCUAUCUAUCUAUCUAUCUAUCUAUCUACCAGUAUUGUGGUGGAUUUCAUUAA